ACUUAAAAUCAAAACCUUUCCUGCCCGUAUGCAGCGACAACAAUGGCGAUAUCAAAGCCUUCAACUUCAAAGCCAUCAAACGACAAAGCUAGGCAGAAAAACAAUGUGGAGCUCUUGAAAUCUGAGGUCGCCACUUUUGCUUCCUCACUCGGCCUCUCUUCUUCUUCUCUCCCAUCCUCAUCUGGUUUCAACGAUGCUGAUUUUCGAAAAUCAGGUGCUUUGAAGAAACCAAAAUCCUCAAAGCAAAGAACCAAACUCGAUAAAACCCUGAAUGGUGAUGAAAACGAAAGCGCUCCCAAGGUCCAAUUCCAUAAGAGCUCGGAGAAGGGCAGAAAUUUCAAAAACAAGGAUGAUAAAUCUCACAAAAAUGAGAAGAAAUCGCAGUUUGACAAAAAACCCAAGAAAAAUCCAGUACCGAAGCCUCCAGUUUUAUCACUCGAUGAUAAUAACAAAAGCAACAGCAGUACAAGAGCAUUUGACAAGUACAAGAACCUCCCAAAGCUGCCUUUAGUAAAGGCUAGUGCAUUGGGUGCGUGGCAUGAGGAUGCAAUGGAGUUUGAGAAGAAAGUAUUGGGUGAAGGGAAGAGCAAGUUGGAGUUGAAGAUGGCGGUGGAGGAGUGGAAGGGCGUGGUGGAGAAGAAGAAAGAAUUAGGGGAGAGGCUCAUGUGGCAGUAUUCACAAGAUUAUGAGCAAAGUAGAGGGCAGAGUGGGGAUAUUAAGAUGGUGGUAACUACUCAGAGGUCUGGCACAGCUGCUGAUAAGGUGUCUGCUUUUUCUGUGCUUGUUGGGGAUAAUCCCAUUGCCAAUUUAAGGUCACUUGAUGCACUUAUAGGAAUGGUAACAUCAAAAGUGGGAAAGCGCCACGCUUUGACAGGAUUUGAAGCAUUAAAAGAGCUUUUUAUUUCAAGUUUAUUACCUGAUCGCAAGCUGAAGACCCUUUUGCAGCGGCCUGUAAAUAAUCUCCCUGAGACAAAAGAUGGCUAUUCUCUCCUACUUUUCUGGUAUUGGGAGGAUUGCUUGAAGCAGAGGUAUGAACGUUUUGUUUUUGCACUUGAAGAAGCAUCAAGAGAUAUGCUACCCAUACUAAAAGACAAGGCAUUGAAGACCAUGUACGCAUUGUUGAAAAGUAAAUCAGAGCAGGAGCGCAGGUUGCUUUCUGCCCUUGUUAACAAACUAGGUGAUCCUCAAAAUAGAGGUGCAUCCAAUGCGGACUUCCACUUGUCAAAUCUUUUGUCUGACCACCCAAAUAUGAAGGCUGUGGUAAUCGAUGAAGUGGACUCUUUUCUUUUUCGACCUCAUUUGGGACUAAGAGCAAAAUACCAUGCUGUCAACUUUUUGAGCCAGAUUCGCCUGUCUCAUAAAGGAGAAGGUCCAAAGGCUGCAAAACGUUUAGUAGAUGUGUACUUUGCACUAUUCAAGGUGCUGAUUAAUGAGGCCGAAAACAGUCAAAAGAUGGAUAAAAGCGGCAAAGCAAAAGAUACAAAUGCUUCUAGUCCUGUCAAGGAGCUCAAAGUGGAAAGUUCAUCAGAAUCUUAUGUCGAAAUGGAUUCACGUCUUCUAUCGGCCCUUUUAACAGGUAUAAAUAGAGCAUUUCCUUACGUUUCAAGCACUGAGGCUGAUGACAUUAUUGAGGUCCAAACACCAAUGCUCUUCCGACUGGUUCAUUCAAAGAAUUUCAAUGUUGGAGUUCAGGCUUUAAUGCUUCUUGAUAAAAUAUCAUCCAAAAACCAGAUUGUUAGUGACCGGUUCUAUCGUGCUUUAUACUCAAAACUUUUACUUCCUGCUGCCAUGAAUUCUUCCAAGGCAGAAAUGUUUAUUGGGCUAAUCUUGAGGGCAAUGAAAAGUGAUGUAAACUUGAAGCGUGUCGCUGCUUUUGCAAAGCGACUAUUGCAGGUUUCCCUUCAGCAGCCACCUCAAUAUGCUUGUGGAUGCUUAUUUCUCCUCUCUGAGGUUCUUAAAGCAAGGCCCCCUUUAUGGAAUAUGGUCAUGCAGAAUGAAUCGGUUGAUGAAGAUCUUGAACAUUUUGAAGACAUAGUGGAGGAAACUGACACUGAUCCUCACUCGGCUACUAAAGCAGAAAAUGAUCUUGAAUUUGUUCCUAGUGGUGAUAAAUCCGAUCCAGCAAAUGAUUCUUCAGAGAGUGAAGAUGAUUCUCCUGUCCCUAGCUCAGAUGAUGACGAUGACGACAGCGAUGAUGAUGAAGCUGAACUGCUUGUAGAAGAUGGUUCAAAAGAAUUUGAAGAAUCCAAACCUCUAUCAACUUAUAAUUGUAACCAGUCUCAGACAUGCUCCACUGGUUCUUCCCUACCUGGAGGAUACAAUCCUCGGCACAGAGAGCCAUCUUACUGUAAUGCAGACCGUGCUAGCUGGUGGGAGCUCAUGGUACUUGCUUCUCACGUGCACCCAUCUGUUGCUACCAUGGCUAGGACUCUUCUUUCUGGGGCCAAUAUAGUUUAUAAUGGUAACCCAUUAAAUGAUCUAUCACUCACUGCUUUUCUGGACAAGUUCAUGGAAAAGAAGCCAAAGCAGACGGCAUGGCAUGGUGGCUCCCAAAUUGAACCAGCCAAGAAGCUCGACAUGAACAAUCAUCUAAUUGGACCAGAGAUUCUGUCAUUGGCUGAAGUGGAUGUACCUCCUGAAGAUCUUGUUUUUCAUAAGUUUUAUACAAACAAAAUGAAUAGCACAAAGCCAAAGAAGAAGAAGAAGAAAAAGGCAGCUGAAGAAGAGGCUGCUGAAGAGCUUUUUGAUGUGGGUGAUGGUGAUGAAGUAGGUGGUGCUGAUGAGAGUGAUAAUGAAGAGAUUGAGAAUCUGUUGGAUUCUGCUAAUCUUUCUUUUGAUGCUGAUGGGGAGUAUGACUAUGAUGAUUUAGAUCAAGUCGCCAAUGAAGAUGACGACGACUUGAUUGGAAAUGCCAGUGAUGUGGAAAUGGAUGCCCCUUCGGAUAUUGCUAGGGAAGAAGAUUCUGAUGGCAUUGCUGAUGGCGAUAACAGUGAAGACGACAUUGAAGCUGUUGACAUAGGGGAUGUAGAUGAUGAUAGUGAUGAAGACGAUAAAUUCAAUAACAGGAAAAGAAAACGAAAAUCUGGUGGGAAGGCUGGUGCGUCACCAUUUGCAAGUCUGGAAGAAUACGAGCAUUUGAUAAAUGAAGAAGGUCCCCAGAAGAAAUCAAUGAAAAAGAAAAAGCUGAAAUCACGUAAGAAGAGAAAGUCAUCAGAGUGAGUGCCUUGUUCACAAUCUCAUGAAGGUCAGUUUACAACAAUCCUCCCCCUGGUUUAGUGGGGAAUGAGCAUUGAAUGAAGUGCUCUAAGAAAUUUGAUUUAUACAAUCUUAGGUUUUCAGGUUAGCUAAUGGCUGCUGAAGUGAUGUUAAAAGAUAUAUUGUUAUCUUGUCUUGUUCUUUUAGAAAGUUUUGCAUUUGGCUUUUAGCCACCCAAGGAAUUGAAUUAAGCUAAAGAAAAGGUUUGGAUAUUAAUUGUAAAAGGUUGAAAUGUUUGAAUAUUAUUAUUUCUUUUUCCAAAUUGAAUUUACGUCUUCAUUUU